UAGUCAGAAUGACGGAGAGAGAGCAGCGGUCACACCUGGAGAGAGCUGCAUGGAACCACACUCGCUGGAGGGGAGAGAGGGAGAGGGGGAUGAUCGGGAGGGGAGAGGAGGAGGAGGAGACGGCUACUGGCACAACAGCAUGGGAGGAGAUGAGAUGCUUGAUUCGGGCUUAGGGUUCGUGAUGGAAGACGUGGAGUUAGACUCUGGCUUCUUUGUUGAGGGGGCGGACUUUGAGGUGAGCGCGUGCGGGCAGACCGGAACAGACUGGGGUGGAGAGAGGGGAGAGGAGGAGGAGACGAUGAUGAACGAAGUGGAGGAAAAGUGGUUGCCCAUGAGGCCAAGGAGGGGACUGCCAGACUGUCUGUCCGAAAGCAAGGAACUGCGGAUGGAGGAGGAGGGAGAGAAGGAGGGAGAGACGGAUGAGGACGGGGCGGAAGAGACGGAGGAGGAACCGGUUCAGAACGGAGAGAUGGAGUUAGAUCUAGAGGUAUUGGUGGAUGGACAAGGAGAGGGAGGAGGCGGUGCAGGGAUGGAUGGCGAGGCGGCUGGAGGCGUAGAGGCGGUGUUGGAGGUGCGUCUGUGCCCGGUCGAGGAGGGUGGAGGUCUGAUGAAGAUCUCUCUGGAGGAGGUGGAGAGAUACUACCACUUCUGUCGAUGUUGCCAUUGGCUACACAAUGAGAUCAUGCAGCAGGAGAGCAGUCCUCUGUGGGCCGCUGACAUCACUCCUGACCUCAGGAAGCAGUUUGCCUUCCUCUCAGGGGGCCGAGGACAGAACGGCAGCCCCAUCAUCGUGUUCCCAGAGUUCCCUGCUUUUGGCGAGAUCCAGAAGAGAGAGUUCCAUAACGUGCUCACCUACCUGACCAGCGUCCCCAGUGUGGCGGCGACAGGGGUCGGCUUCAUCCUGGUCAUCGACCGGCGGCAGGACCGAUGGGCGGCCGUCAAGGCAACCCUGCUACGCAUCGCAGGCUCGUUCCCAGGGAACCUGCAGUUGGUUCUGGUUUUGAGGCCCACCACGCUGUUCCAGCGCGCCCUCUCUGACAUCCUCUUCAAGUUCAACAAGGAUGAGUUCAAGAUGAAGGUUCCGGUGAUCAUGAUCAGCUCUGUGACAGAGCUCCACUCCUACAUAGAUAGAACCCAGCUGAGCCAGGACCUGGGGGGAGCCCUGGAGUACUGCCAUGAGAAGUGGAUCUCUCACCGCACUGCCAUCGAGGGCUUUGCUGUGAUGGUGAAGAGGACAGCCCAGGCCUUGCAGACGUUUGGGACGGAGCUGGCAGAGACUGAGCUGCCCAACAACAUCCAGGCCACGUCCAAGUUGCUGCAAACACACACCAGCAAGAGAGACAGGAUGAAGGAUGACAUGCUGGUAGCUCUGGGCCAGGGCAGCAUGUUGCUGGAGAGCAUCAACGAGCCUGUGGUCAGAGACCGGGACUACAACAUGAACCAGGACGAGCUGGAGAACCUGGCCACCGUGCAGAGACUGCUGUCUCAGCUAGAUGAGACAGAGCGAGCGUUUGAUGAGUUCUGGGCUCGACACCAGACCAAGCUGGAGCAGUGUUUGCAGCUGCGCCACUUUGAACACAGCUACCGAGAGGUCCGGGCGCUGUUGGAGCAGGUUUCUGAGAAGCUGAUGGCGUUCUCCGAGGUGGGGAUAAGCCCCGCCCACGCCGACCACAUAUUCAGAGAGCUGAUCAACCACGAGGAGAAAGCUUGUGAGGUUCUGGACCAGGCCCUGGCUCUGGCCCACCAGGGGGACGAGUUGAUCCAGAAGUCCCACUACGCCGAGGAUUCCAUCCAGCCCAAAUGCAGCGAGCUCCGAGCCGUCAGCGAGGAUUUCAGCGGCCGUCUGAAGGCCAAGAAGGAGCACCUGCUCAAGGCCAUCGAGCUGCACCAGAACCUGGAGAGGGCAGCUAAGUGGUGUGAUGACGGCAUCUACCUGCUGGCCUCCCAGCCAGUGGACAAGUGUCAGUCCCACGAGGGGGCGGAGUCAGCCCUGCGCGAGCUGGAGCGUUACCUGGAUACGGCGGAGCAAAACACGCUGGCGGACCAGGACUCCGUCGCCAGGGACUACCAGAGCAUCCUCAGCCAGGAGUUCAGGGACCAGGUGGAGAAGCUUCUGCUGAAGCAGGCGUCCAUGCAGGAGAUGUUUGACAAGAGGAGGGUGAGUCUGAAGAAGCUGGCUGCCAAGCAGACCAGACCGGUGCAGCCUGUGGCCCCCAGACCUGAGGCCUUCACCAAGUCUCCUCUCACAUCACCAGCACACAGAGUCCAGCCGGAGAAGAACAGCAUAGAUGAAUCAGACAAUGCAGUUGGCUGUAAAACAAGGGAGGGGCUACAGCGGAGUGACAGCACCAGCAGACACGCCUCCCUGUCAGAGGAGGAGGAGAACCUGGCUGUUCUCAGGAGACAUGUGAUGAACGAGCUGCUGGAGACAGAGAGAGCCUACGCAGAGGAGCUCCUGUGUGUGCUGCAGGGCUAUGCCUCUGAGAUGGACAACCCCUCCAUGGCCCACCUCAUCCCAGGCCCGCUGCAGAACAAGAAGGACGUGCUGUUUGGCAACAUGUCUGAGAUCUACCUCUUCCACAAGAGGACGUUCCUGACAGAGUUGGAGCAAUACACAGACUGUCCUGAGUUGGUGGGGCGCUGUUUCCUGGAGAGGAUGACAGACCUGCAGAUCUAUGAGCAGUACUGCCAGAACAAGCCUCGCUCUGAGAGCCUGUGGAGAAGCUGCUCUGACUGCGCUUUCUUCCAGGAGUGUCAGAAGAAGCUGGAACACAAGCUGGGGCUGGACUCCUACCUGCUGAAGCCUGUCCAGAGGAUCACCAAGUACCAACUGCUGCUCAAGGAGAUGCUGAAGUACAGUAAGGGCUGUGAAGGCACUGAGGACCUGCAGGAGGCACUGACCUCCAUCCUGGGCAUCCUGAAGGCCGUCAACGACUCCAUGCACCUCAUCGCCAUCACCGGAUACGAGGCCAACCUGUCGGACCUGGGCCGUCUCCUGAUGCAGGGAUCCUUCAGCGUGUGGACGGAGCACAAGAAGGGUCACGCCAAGGUCAAGGACCUGGCGCGCUUCAAGCCCAUGCAGAGGCACCUGUUCCUGCACGAGAAGGCCCUGCUGUUCUGCAAGAGGAGGGAGGAGAGCGGGGAGGGCUACGAGAAGGCCCCCUCCUACAGCUACAAACAGAGCCUCAAUAUGAGUGCUGUAGGCAUCACUGAGAACGCCAAGGGAGACAACAAGAAGUUUGAGAUCUGGUGCAACUCCAGAGAGGAGGUCUACAUCGUACAGGCGCCCACGGCGCAGGUGAAGACCACAUGGGUGAACGAGAUCCGGAAGGUUCUGACCACACAGCUGGAGGCCUACAGAGAAGCCAGCCAACAGAGGGCGGCAGACCAGGUGUUCCAGUUCCCCCCCGUCAGCAUCAGUCCUUUUAAGACGGGCCAGAGAAGCUUCAAGAAGGGAGACGAGAGGAAGGGAGAGCCAAGCAGCCCUGAUGCCAACUCCUCCUCCUGCUCCCCCAAGUCCUUGGAGAAAGGAAAAGAUGAGGCAGUGACCAGCCCAACAUAUGACAGGGCCGCCUCGGUUAAAAAGCGUUUUACCUUGCAGGGCUUCAGCAAUCUCAAGGGGCAGAGAGAGCCCUACCCAUCUGACGACAAAAGCUUAACUUUACCCAUGAUGCCCUACUCUCCACCAGGCUCUCUCUCCAGCCCCGACCACAAGACCAAACGGCAUGAGAUAAAGAGCGACCCCACGCCGUUCGGCUUCAAAGGCUGGACAAAGGCUUCACUCUCAUUGGACGCAUCGGAGGAGAAUGACGGUUAUUCCAGUGCUGAGGAUCCAAUGAACUCCGACCCUGAGGAUGAGAGCAGAAAGAAAGUGACCGCUGGGAAAUACACGGUGGUGUCUGACUACGAGAGGGCGGGGUCCCAGGAGCUGUCAGUCAAGAGUGGAGACGUGGUGCAGCUGGUCAAGGAGGGGGAGGAGGGACAGUGGUUUGUCCGUAACCUGAAGACCAGUAAGGAGGGCUGGCUGCCUGCUGCCAACCUUCUCACGGUCAUAGAAGAGUCCAAGUCCUGCCAUUCCCUCAGCUCAGAGGGCAGUGGUUCAGGGAACCUCAGUGCGUCCUCCAGCUGUAGUGAAACCUACACCAGCUACUCUGAGAUCAAGCCGUGACUCCUCCACCUGCCCCUGGACCCAGGCUCUACACCUCCCGCCUCCACCCUGAGCCCUGGAGCCCUGGAGCCCAGCCCUGAAGCAUGGCCCCCAGGCUCCCUCUAGGCUCCCUCAGCCAGAUGUACUGUGAUAGCACUUUCUCUUUAACAGCAGAACCCCCCCCCCUCCCCCCACACACACACACACUACUCCCUCAAAGCCAAUCAGAUUAGCAGAAUGCUGGUCAGCUGCUACAACUGGGUUUAUCCAAGAACUGACUACAACCUCCCAUCCAUGUAUGUAUAUCAUAGAAAUGACCUGUUCUGACGUGAUCCAAAACCAUGCUGUGAUGUCCCCUAUAAAAGAGUAGCCACGCAAAUACCGUAAUGCGGGCUGGAACACUUUGCACCUUCUACAGAGUGAACUUUGGCGCCCCUGUGGUUAAAUGGUAAUCACAGUGUCGCUGGAUGGAGUUGUAGAUAAGCGGAUAUCCCUCCGCUACUCUAUCUGCUUGGAGCGCGACUGUGAGCAAGUUGAUUGUAGUAGAUCUUUGAGUUAAGACAGUAGUUUUAGCAUCUCAGUGGCGUAUACAGCUCAGUUUUGGUCUGUGACGUAUUCCUGUCUGCACACGCGAAAGACUGCAUUUAAAAUGUGGUUGUAAAUAAAAUUGUAACUAUGAAUGACAUGAAAAAUAGACAUGGUUUAAGAUUUCAGAUUGCUGCUCGAAGAGUGUUAGUCGCUGCGGUAACCAACCGUAUUUUCCCCUCGUGCAACAUUUGUGUAUAUUUGAAUGAAUGAUAGGAAGGGGAAUAGCGACGUGGUGGCUGUGUUUUCUAUGACUGAGGCAUCUGUCGUCUCUGAUGCCAUCCGCUUAUCUUUCUCACGUCUCUGUCAUUUGUCUUUUUCUUGUUCAAAACAUUUCACUUUUGUUUUAAAAAGCUAUUUGCAUUGAUAUAUUGGCUGGCAACUGAUUUUUCUUCAUGUUACUUUCUAAACUGUCGUUUUACAUCUGUGAUGUGUGUCCAUCACAAAUUAAACUGACAUAAAAAGUUAUGUGAUACGACUAUAACAUUGAAACAGUUUAGCCAUUGUAUUUGUGUAAAACAAAACAAAAAAAAACAUCUAUAUUGUGAACAACUCAGAAAACAGUGUAGGUUUAACUUAUUACAAAGGCCACAUGUAUGUAUUGUAGAUAAUGUUCAUUAUCAUCACCAGAUGUUUAUGAAAUCGGAGAUGUUCUAUUGUAUAUUAAGAUUCACAACAGUUGUGAAUGUAUUGGUUAGUCAGUUGUUGUUUUUUUUAUAAAGGACUUGUAGUAAUAAACAUUAUUUUCUUGUCUUAUAUUUAAUCGACACUAUCCAAUAAGAGUCAAAUACGGUGGCCAAGAGGUGUCAAAGGGACUGCACAUCCAAAACGUGAAUAACACAAGA